CAACAAGAUCCGAAAUUUAUAUAAAAAGAAACAUUUACUCAUAAAUUUCGCAUUUCCAUCAUUUCGUCUCUCCACUUUUUCUUUCUCUCCUCUUCGCUCUCGCUCUUUUUUUUUUAUUCAUUAUAAAUUGUUCUUGCACCUCCUUUUUUCCAUAUCGUUUAAAUAUCUUCCUUUCCACAUAUACAAACUGUCAAUAGAAACAAGCGGCAAACGUCUAUAUCUCAUAUAUACAACAUAAUGACGGAUUACGGCAGUAUACACAAACCACUGUUACAGCAGCCUCAUGUACCGCUUUCAAAUUCAGAACGUGAUUUACUACAAGCAGAUCGGCCCGGCUACGGCACACGCAAACGAUAUGAAGUUGCUUUUAACCUGGUCAAUGCCACCGUUGGUGCAGGCAUCAUGGGCUUGCCAUACGCUGUAUCGCAUGCGGGCUUUGUCACGGGUAUAGUCGCAUCCGUGUGGGUCGCCUGUUUGUCACAGCUCGGCUUAUACAUGCUGAUUCUUGCGGGGAAGCGUGCGGGCAUUUACAAGUACGCCGUGCUGGUCGAACAUGUGAUGGGCAGGUUCGGCUAUCACUUUCUGAACUUCAUGAUUGUGGUUCAGGCCGGGGGUGGAUGUAUCAGCUACUUUAUUCUGUUGGGCGAUACCAUUCCUGUGCUACUGGAUAGAUACCUUCCGCAAUACCCUAUCCUGUCCAAUCGAGCGUUCUUCGUCACCGCCAUUAGCAUGAUUUGUAUUCUACCACUCAAUAUGCGACGAUCGAUUGGUUCCCUCGCACGGUGGUCCAUUGUGUCAGUAAUGUGUUUACCUAUCAUCAUCGUGACCAUCCUUAUCCGUGCACCUGCCUAUUACGACCCAUCCUCCCGGCACCAUGACUAUAACAGCAAUGACCCGACUUGGGUCGGAAAAGACGUUUUUGGUGCCAUGGGUAUCAUGGCCUUUGCGUUCACCUGUGCUCAAGUGGCAUUCAACAAUUUCUUGACCUUGAAGGACCAAUCACACAACGCCUGGCGCCACUCUACCAUUAUGUCGACUUCCAUGAGCUGGACUGUCUCGAUGGUCUUUGCUGUUGUUGGCUACGUAUGCUUUGGCACCGAUGUAAAGUCCAACCUGUUCCAGAAUUUUGCUGAGGACGACGUGCUUAUCAACAUUGGCCGCUUUGCACUUGGCUUCAGCAUGAUUUUCACUAUCCCAAUGUGCUUUUACCCUACACGUGAAGCUGUUCAGAAAUCGCUAGGCUUUGAAACGGCCACGAAACAACCCACGCAAGUACAGCAUUAUAUCGUCACGGUUGUAGUUUUCGUUAUCCUCAUGGCAACCGGCAUUACCGUCAAUUCUCUUGGCAAAGUAUAUUCGCUUGCAGGUGGAUUUGCUGCAACAACGCUCUCAAACAUCUUACCCGCAGCUGCACACUUGGUCACACGGUAUCGACGACGACAACCUGCUGCUGCUGCUUCUGCUGCUGAUUGCUCGCCUACGUUGACCACGGCACCAACAUUGACCGUUGCUCCAACACUUUCCACGAAUACCAACAAUUACAAGAUAUUAGAUGAUAAAACCACACUAUCACUGCCAGCACCUAUUGUCGGCUCUGAUGUUCAGUCGUCAUGCUCAUCGUCACCGCGGGUCUUACCAGUCAACUACAACCAUGACAAUGGCCGCGGCACCCCUCCACCAACAUACAACUACACCUAUUAUCCAUAUGACGAAGAAGAUGUAUCGACCGUCGAUGGUGCAGAAAUGCUUGCUGAUGAUUCCGAUAGCUUGAGCAGUUAUGCCUCAGCAGAGGAGCCACUAGAACAGCCUCAACAACGUCCACGCCUGCAGUUCCUCGAUAUCAUUGCCGUGGUCCUUAUCUUUUGGGGCCUCUUGGUCAUGUUUCUAUCUGUGAGCAGUGUCCUGACAGAGUCGUGAUCCUGCUGCUGCCCCUUGUAAACUUUUCCAUAAACAUCCUCAUCUCUUUCCGAUAUAAUACCUUCAUCCACCCAUACUAUACCACACGAUAUCACGCAUCCAUCACACACAACACACACACUCACACGCACACACCACGUAUUAUAUAUACUUCAUAUACAUAUUACCUCACACACAUAAUAUUAUCUCAACAUAUACCAUACACCGUUUCUCUAACCCCGCCACUUCCCCAAACUUCUCUUGCGCUUUUUUCUCCACAAACUGCAACAACCACAACAGAUACGCAUGCAUAUGUACGUCUGCGAACGUACUUGAUGGCGUAAUACAUCACUUCCUGUCCCGCCCUCUUUUUGUCAUCCCACCCCGACUUUUUUUUUUGCGUCCGCAUACAUAUUAUACAAUACAUGUAGAUAUGCCCAACAACCUUUUGACCGUGGACCCAAUACCAUAUUUGUCAUUUUCUGC